CCCCGUGGGGAAUUGUUUCUCCUCGCCGAGUUCCAUCGCCUGCCGCGUCCCCCCUGAGCUGUCGCCGGGAUGGGGGCGGCGGCCGGGCGGGCCGCACCGCGGGAGCUGCUGCUGCCGCUGGCGCUGGCCGUGGCGUGCGCGGCGCGCAGCGCCGACGGGCCCAGCAACAUGUCCUACGUGAAAGAGACGGUGGACAGGCUGCUCCAGGGCUACGACAUCCGCCUCCGUCCCGACUUCGGAGGUCCGCCCGUGGACGUGGGCAUGCGGAUAGAGAUCGCCAGCAUCGACGUGGUCUCGGAAGUCAACAUGGACUACACCCUGACCAUGUACUUUCAGCAGUCCUGGAGGGAUAAAAGGCUCUCCUAUUCUGGAAUACCUUUGAACCUCACUCUGGACAACAGAGUGGCUGACCAGCUCUGGGUGCCGGACACGUAUUUCCAAAAUGACAAGAAAUCAUUUGUCCAUGGAGUGACAGUGAAAAACCGAAUGAUUCGACUCCAUCCAGAUGGGACAGUCCUUUAUGGCCUACGGAUCACAACAACAGCUGCUUGCAUGAUGGACCUACGCAGAUAUCCUCUGGAUGAACAAAACUGCACACUAGAAAUUGAAAGUUAUGGAUACACUACUGAUGAUAUUGAAUUUUACUGGAAUGGAGGAGAGUCGGCAGUAACAGGAGUUAAUAACAUUGAGCUCCCGCAAUUUUCUAUCGUUGAUUACAAGAUGGUAUCAAAGAGAGUGGAAUUUACAACAGGAGCAUAUCCUCGAUUAUCACUUAGCUUCCGGCUUAAAAGAAAUAUUGGAUACUUCAUUUUGCAAACUUAUAUGCCUUCCACACUAAUCACAAUUCUUUCAUGGGUAUCUUUUUGGAUCAAUUAUGAUGCCUCUGCAGCCAGAGUUGCCCUAGGAAUCACAACUGUGCUGACCAUGACCACCAUCAGCACCCACCUCAGGGAGACCUUGCCAAAGAUUCCCUACGUCAAGGCAAUAGAUAUUUACCUGAUGGGAUGCUUUGUGUUUGUGUUCCUGGCCUUGCUGGAAUAUGCCUUUGUAAACUACAUAUUCUUUGGGAAAGGACCUCAACAUCAAAAAAAGACAGCAGGCAGGGCAGGACAUGCUCCAGGCAAGAAGAGCAGACUGGAAACAAAUAGAGUCCAGGAGAUGCUUUAUUACAGUGGGGGCACAAUAUCAGUUCAGACAAUCAUCAGUCUCCAAGGUCCCACAAAGUACUGUCUUCCACACAGCAGAGGAGAUAAGCCACCCUCUUAUGGAUUGUUGUGCACAGACACUGUCUAUGCAUUUCUAUGAAAAAUAAGGAAGGGAAAAAACCCAGCAAAACUCACAGAUUCUGACCAGCCACCUUAACAGCUCCUGAGAUAACCCAGCCUAGGUGAUAAGCAGCACAUCAAGGAUUCAGGAUGAAGAGGGAAUCAACACUUCUUCAGAGGUCAGCCUUGUUCCCACGGGCCCCAGUGCACUGAACUGAGUAAAGGAUGAGAAAGUGUAAAGGAUAAGAGUGCUGGUAAGUUCUUUUUUCUACAUAUUUGGAGAGUUUGUUUAACUAACAAAAAGCCCUAACUCAUAACUAAAAGCUUUUGUCUAAAUGUUAUAUGGCAAAGAUUAAACUGAGGCUGCUACUCGAAUGGAAUGGAAUGGAAUGGAAUGGAAUGGAAUGGAAUGGAAUGGAAUGGAAUGGAAAGUUUUUAGAGAACCACAUGCAUCCACCAGCAUUUUUCUGACAGAAAAAGAAGGCAUACGUGCUUUGUACCUGGAUUUGUAAGUGCUUACACUUGAGACAGAAAUUCCACUCUGAGGCUGAGAGUGCUUUAAGUGAACAGACUGCUUUCUGCCUGUACAGUGCAGGUUUAUCUUAGAUACGUAUAUAUAUAUAUAUAUAUGUGUGUGUGUGUAUUUUUAUAUAUAUAUAUGUAUAUAUAUAUAUACAUAUAUUUAUAUAAAUAUAUAUACAUAAAUUUAGCCAUCAGCGCGCUUGCGGCAAGCGUGGGUAGAGCCCUUCUCAAACCUUCGUUCGCGAAGCCUAACCAUGAUGAUGAUGAUGAUGAUGAUAUACAUAAACAUAUCCCACACUUUGAUGUGGGACCUCAUGAACAUUCAGUUUACUCAGCAUGGAAAUGCUGAUGUCCAACGGUUGUAUUUCUGUCCUUAGCAGGAAGAAAGUACAAAGUACAUGACUGGAAAAGUGGGACACAGUAAGGUUAUGUGAAAAAAGCUUCAAGCUAUUCUCCAUUGUGUUUUGAGAUUUUUCACUGGUAUUAUGAUGUCUGUACCAGAGCAGGGGAGAGGUUUUUUGGAGCAUAAAAGUACAGCUGUAAGUAUAUAUAGCUAUAGGAUAUUUUUUUCCCUUCUGCUCAUGACCCACACCACUUAUCCAUACAGGGUCCUCUAACCAAUAGAUGAUAUGUAACAGUGCUUCAUCUCUUUGUGCCAGGUGAAGAUACUAAUCAUUCCCAUCUGAUAAGCAACUCCCACGAGUAAAAGAGUUCAAAUUCCUUCACCAGAUAACAAAAGCAUUAGAUGUGUGAGCAACACUCAACAAACUGACCAUGAUAUUAACAGUAUAGAGAAGACCUGAAGAACAGUGAAACUGAACUGCUGUUUCCUAUGUGGCUGUUCCAAGCUCUACGGAUUGAAGAAGGUGGAAAUAGUGUCUUUCCAGUUUCACAAUUUAUGCCAUUUUAAUUUCUAAUAUACAAAAAAUACGAAUUUGUAGUAAACAAUAUUUCUGUUUCUCUGAAUAAAGCAUAAAGACUAUGUAUAUGUCCUUGUUUAUUUGUUGAAGCUAGAUGUCAUUGAGGAGACCGCCCUAAUUAUGGAUAAAUAGGACAAAACCACUCAGCAAGAAAAUAUUUAGAUAAUCCAUGCAUGCAACUGCUCCUGUUUCCCCUGACAAUGACAGUGUGAAUAAUUGUUACAGAGAACAUUUCUCUUAAAUAUGAGAAAAAGUUAGAAUGCAGUCAUAGUGUGAGUGGGAAAGGGGCUGAGCUAUCAUAAGGUUCAUAAAUGACAACACAAGGCAAGUGAUAGGUGGUCUCUUGCUACCCGAGUCUGCACAGCAUCACACCUUCCUUUCAAACCUUCUGUGAACCACAAAGCACCCAGAAUAGAAAGCCAGAGACCAGCCACAGGUUCUGAGGAAACCAUGAUUUUCCAAUAGAGUGGCUACUGGAAGGAGAAAAAAAAGGGAAAUAUAUAACCACACAAUUAGCUCAAACACCAAGUAAAUCCCCACUGGAAUAAGUAUAGCCCUGUUGAGCAUAACCUGUUUCUUUGCAGAUCAGAUUGUGAUAACACUACUACAUUUGUUCCAACAAGACAGCUUAUAUGAGUAAUGUGGCCCUGAAUCUUUCAUCUUAAGAGGAAGACGGGUUUGUAUUGAGAUAAAACAGAAGUUCUUACCUUUUAUCUCCCAGCAGUUAAGGAAAAAAAAAUAGGUAGGUAAAAACUCAUUCCAGACAGCAUUAAGCAUUUGAGACCCAUUCUUUGGCAAGGAAUGCCAACAUGCUAUUCUUCCCCUAGAGCUGACUGACUGUUUUUUGUGUGGUCAACACAGAACUGUUGUUUUGGGUUGGUUUUAUUACUUUACUGUUUUACAGUAUAAUUUGAUGGUUCUAAGCAGAAAACUAAUUUUCUAAGUAAACACACAAGCAACAUUAUUUUUUUUUAAUGAUGUUUCCUCAGCACACAUCAUACACUUAUGAAAAUUCAUAUAUAUGCACCUGUGCUGAUUUACGCUUUAGGUAGUUCCAUUGCAAAGGAAAAAUUAUAAAUUUAUAUACUUAAUUAAGAUACCCUCUCAAUACAGAUACAAAUGUUCUUACAAGAAGCAUUACCAUGUACGUUCACCUGAAGAAUAUAUAAACCUCGAUAAUUACACCAUAUAACUAACACAGCAUCAGCUUUAGAUCAUUUGACAUGGUCCUCACAUAUUCUUCAUUAUAUGUUCCAAAGACCAAAAAAAAAUCAGUUCUUCAGCUUUCUACAACUUUAGGCGAGAUUUAUGCAUUGUACAAACUAAAGUGUUUGUGCAAACACACAUUUAGGCUCAGAAUAUCUGUUAAGCAGGACAUCUUGUUUUCAUCUGAGCCGUGGUCGGCUUAUGUAACAAAAUUUAGGGCAUUCCAGUUAAAGAGCAACACGGUGAUAUUUGAAAGCAUAAAUGUAUCAUAUCUGAGCAAGGAAAAAGUACUCUAGGCUUGAUAUGGCUCAUCCUUCCUCCAUAAGGAGGGGACUGAGAUACUGUACUCCUAAGCAAGCAGCCAGACAGCUACUGGGUCAGAAAACUCAGCAGACAGAGCCUUGUCUCUUCCAUCCCCAUUUUUUAUCAUGCCAUCUGAUGCAAAUAUGUCAAAGACUGUACAACUGCAGUACCUAUCGGAGGGGAAAGAGCCUCAUCAAUGAGGCAUGGGUUGGAAUGAGUUAAAGGCUGCUCUCUGGUUCUGAUGCACAGGCUUCCUCCAGCACAGGGCCAAGAGAAAGCCCCCAGUAACCUUGUAUUAAGUAAGGGAGAAAAAAAUUUUAAGACAGAAACUUUACAUCAUUUACUGUGCACAUAUUUGCUAUUAAUUCAUUCUAAAAAUAACAUUAGAUAAAAUUAAUAACAAGUCUCUUUUGGGGAUCCCUUAACAAGUUGUACAUUUUCCAGAUUCCUGCAGGAAUUUGUAAAAUUACUAAGCUUCAGUAACAAAAUCUCAGCUGCACAAGUUUUAAGAAUAUUUUUAUGUGAACUUCAAGAUAUACUGAGAGGAUUUUUAAUUAUGUGGGAAAUUAACUAUUUCCCACAAGCUUCACAUCACACAGAGAAUUUGACCAGGUACAUAAGAUGAGAUUUUAUACUUCCCUGAGCUAAUUUAGUCAAGAUCAGUGUAAGGCCCUUUGCUGUCAAUUGCAAAGACUUCAGUUCAAAGACCAAAUUGUUUCAUGAUAUAUACAAAGCACCUUGCCUAAAAUGGUUUAAAUGAAACUUAUUCUAAAAGUAACAGGUUCAUUCAGAACACUUAGAGUAGGAAUUCAUGUGCUGCUUGCCUCGUAAUAAACUGUCAGGGCAUAUUAGUUUAAGAAAGAUCCCUGUGAAUCACUUCAGACUGUAGGCUGUUAAGAGUUGUCUUGUCAAAAGUCAUAAUAACUGCCUAAUGAUGCUUGCAUUACUGUUACUACUAUUACAAGACUAAAGUCAAUUAGCUUACACAUUAGAUUAUGUAAUCAAAGACAGCUCAAAGAGCUAUUUCAUAUAACUGGGAUGAAAAGGUUGACUAUCAAAACUUCUGAGUAUUUAAAAAAAAAAUCUUUCUACACAGAGACAACUCUGAGAUCAUUAUUUUUUCCACUGAAAAAAUGUCAGAUCUUUGGAGUAAUGAAUAGUCCAGUGGUUAUGGCAGUCCUCUGGAGAGUAGGAAACCCUAGUUUAAAUCUCCCUUCUGCUUAAAUUUGAAGGCUUGACCUAAAAAGUAUAAAUUGGGUAGUCUAUAUCUCAAGCAAAUAUUUGAAACAGCAUGCUCAUUUGUGACAAACUGGCCUCUCUAACCCAUUAUACGUGAGUUUUUCCCACCAAAACAGUGGUGAGAACUGGGGUGUUCCCACUGAAUGCUCAUUUCAGCACAUACAGAAGCAGUUGCUAAACCAGACAAGUACAUUUUCUAUCUGUGCUGACUUAUACUCCAUUUAGAAGAUGUUUUUACCCCACAGAUCUCUUGGGUGCCUUUUGUACAAAUAGCACCUUCACUGCUUUGUUUUCAGUUAGCAGGUGCUUAGUCUGGCACAGUGCAAAGACAUCAGCAGUCGUUACAUGGUGAUUUCUCCUGGCAAUGGGAAGGAACAUAUUCCACACUGCCAGGUGGAACUGAGGCUUUCUCUGGCUCCCAGCUAUCUUCUGUGGCAACCCUAGAGACUGGGUUUCCCUGUGUGUUUUUCUUGGAGAUUUUGCUUGAACAUACUUUAAAUCUGCUGUAGAUUAUCAUAUUAUUUCCUAGCUCUUCUAUGUCUUACUAAAAAUGUAAAGAUCAGAGCGCAAACAAAGCAUUGCAUAUCACUGGUGCUUCACACCACCAGAUGUUGUCUAUAAUUACUAUUUUAUUCCUUGAUAUAAAGGCAUCCACAUGGUCUAGAUUGUAAUAUAUUUGGGAUAGGUCAAACACCACAGUUUACCAAAAACAAUUUUAAUACUCAAGCCUGAAGGUGAAGUCUUUGAAGUUUCAUUUAAGAAGCCUGUGUUCCAAUGUGUAUUUCCCUCGUAUGAGCUACAGUGGAUGUUUAAACAUCUGUGAAUUUGAAACAUCUAGGAAGUCUUUAUGAAGAAGUUGGAAGUCAUCCUGGGAACACCAAAAACUUUUCAAAAGAGGUUUUACUACAAACAGGUGGAAAACUAAAGACUUGUGAAAAGGUAAAAACACUUUGUAGCAAUGCUGCCAUUCAUGGUUGACUAUAUUCAUACAUAAAAAAGACAAUGAUACAAAAAAAUUUUAUGUAUAUAUAUAUAUAUAGAAUAUUGUGCCAGAUGCACAUAGUGGUUGCAGUUUCCAGUUCUUUGCUUAGGUACUUAAAACAGUGCCUUGACUAAAUAACAGCAGAAAUAAAGUGACAAACAUUUAAAACAACUGCUUCUGGUACCAACACAUAAAAAUGCAACUGAAUGUAGGGUUCAUUGAAUAAAAUGGAUUAUGACAAGGCACAUGAACAAGUUAAUGAUAUGCUAUGAUUUCCAUCUCUGUGAUGUAGUAAUUGUCCAAAAUCAAUUUUCAUCAUGAACAUUUUACAUAACUGUACCUUAGUGCUCUUCAUAUCAUGAGCCCAUUGUUAGAAAACUCUUUGAAACUAACCUUUGGCACUAAAACCGUAUAAAACUGUUUAAAAUGGGCAGAGACAGUAACAUUUUCUUUUCACCUUGUGUACAUGAAACCUUCAAGUGUCUGGUCACCAGACAUUACAAAUCAGUAUUUCGUAAAGACCAUGAUCCAAGUUAAAGAUAAAAUUAGAAAAGUCUUACUUCACAGAGGAUAAGACAACUAACUGAAUUACAAGGUCCUAGACCAAGAAGCCAGGUCAGGAUGGAAGGUACUUGGAUAUUUAUUAGCUAAUUUCACACUAGUCGGGAAAGUGUAUUCAGUAUCUUUAUACUUCUGUGAACACCAUACCAGACACGACUGUCACCGCAGGAGUGUUUCGGUAGUAGAGCCAGAAGGUCCAUCUGGGAAAAACCUUGGGCUGGCUGAGGAACUUGUCUAAUUCACAUUCCUUCCUUGACACAGG